AGAAGCAAAAGGAGGAAAAGAAAUGUUCAUUGGCGUCCUGUUGCCGCUAUCUUACCCAAGUUCACCUCCUUCGUUCUUCAUUCCUCUGAGCUCUCUUCCCUUCUCCCUCUCUGUCCGCCUCCGAUCGCCUCAUCGUCUCACUGGGUAACUUUCUUUGCUCGCGAAUGGAGCGGCUUUGGGGUGGAAGUGGGAUCAAAGGGAACACGAAUAUGGUGUCUCACUUGCAGCGUUAUGGAGUGUUUAACUCUGAGAGGGUAGCUGAAGUGAUGGAGAAAAUCGAUCGUGCUUGCUUUGUUCCUGAUGGGACCCCACCUUAUAUCGACAGCCCCAUGACGAUUGGUUACAAUGCUACUAUAUCUGCACCUCAUAUGCAUGCAAUGUGCCUUCAGCUGCUGGAGCCAAAUUUGCAGCCAGGGAUGCAUGUUUUAGACGUUGGUUCAGGAACUGGUUAUUUAACUGCAUGCUUUGCUGUAAUGGUCGGGCAUCAAGGUCGUGCAGUAGGUGUCGAACAUAUUCCGGAGUUGGUUUCCUCCUCGAUCAAGAACAUUGAGAAAAGUGAAGCAGCUUCUUUUCUGAAAGAAGGUUCUCUCUGCAUUCAUGUUGGAGAUGGUAGACAGGGAUGGCCUGAGUUUGCACCGUAUGAUGCGAUUCACGUUGGAGCUGCUGCAAGGGAAAUUCCCCAAGCGCUUAUUGACCAGCUGAAGCCCGGGGGCAGAAUGGUGAUCCCAGUCGGUGAUUUGUUUCAGGAUUUGAAAGUGGUGGACAAGAACUUGGAUGGAACUGUCAGCAUGCAUGAUGAGACUGCUGUUCGGUAUGUCCCCCUGACCAGUCGAGAUGCACAACUACGGGGUCAAUAGAGAUCUGGUUUGAUCCUUCAAGUUGCGUAUCUGAACUUUGUAGUAACAAGUUCGAUUGAGGGCAAAAUCUUAAUCCCACUUUAACAAGCUUCUGUUGUCAAAAGCUUAUUUUGUACAGUAGCCGCUCAAGGCAUCCAACCUAUCGAAGAUAUGUUUGUGCAGAGUCUCUGUACUAAUGAAUGAAACUCAGCAAUAAAUUCUAGUCGUAUUUCCAGCUAA